AUGCAUAUUCUCGUGGUGAACGACGAUGGCCCUCCCUCCAACCAAUCUUCUCCAUACGUGCAUUCCCUUGUACAAAACCUCCAAGAAGCAGGACACACGGUCUCUGUUGUCCUUCCUCACACCCAACGUUCGUGGAUUGGAAAGGCGCACAUGAUCGGUCAGACCGUCAAACCUACCUACUUCCGUCCAGGCACUCUGCAUAACGACGAUGGAACUACGCACACUCGACCCUUACCACCAGGCUCGAAAGAACAAGAAGAAUGGGUUCUGGUAGAUGGCACACCUGCUAGUUGCGUACAAAUAGGUCUAUACCAUUAUUUCCACGACCGGGGACCAGUAGACUUGGUUGUUUCUGGGCCGAAUUAUGGACGGAAUAGUACGGCGGUGUUUAGUUUGAGCUCGGGGACGCUGGGAGGGGCGUUGGAGGCUGCUGUUUGUAAGAGGCGGGCUAUUGCGUUGAGCUAUGCUUUCUUUUCAAAGAAUCAUGAUCCAGAGAUUAUUGCGGGGGCGAGCAAGUUAAGUGUCAGGCUGAUCGACUACCUGUAUAAGAAUUGGGGACAGGAAGUUGAUCUUUAUUCGGUUAAUGUUCCGUUGGUGGAUAAUGUGGGGGAGAGGAAAGUGAUGUGGACGAAUAUGUUGCAGAAUUACUGGGGGAAUGGAAGCUGUUUCCAAGAAGUUGAGGCUGAGGAGGGUGAUGCUGAUGAGGAAGAGCAGAAGAUUAGAGAGAGAGAGGGUCAGGACGGUGUUGCUAAUGGAGGAGAGAAGGUUACGAGGCAUAAGCAUAAGCAUUUCAAGUGGGCUCCGAGGUUUACGGAUGUCUAUAAAAGUGUGGAGGAAGCUGGACCUGGCAAUGAUGGGUGGGCUGUGAAAGAGAAAUACACUAGCGUGACACCAUUGAAAGCAAAUUUCAUGCACGCGGCGGCAAAGACAGAAGGAGAGUUGAAGCUGCCACCUCCUCCCGUUACAAGUUUGGAUUCUUUGUCUCUCUUAAGCAAACCGGCCAAGCAUUUCUAUGCUUUGGUCAACUACGAAGAUACUUACGUUCAGCCCCUCAUCCUAGCGGCUCUGAAAUCCAAGCUUCCAGCAAGAUCAUAUACACUGAUACCUUCUCUCUCCGAGCUGCCUUCGCCCGAUUCUCCUUUCCUACAAAUCUCUUCCUACGAGACUCUCCCUUUCGAUCACAUGCUAUCCCAUCCUAGCACUACUCUCGGCAACGCAUAUAUAAUCCGCAAAGCACUUAUCCGAAAACACUACCUCAGUACCACAGCACAUACCUGGAUCACAAAACAUCCAUCCUCAAUCCUAGCCACCAACAUCAAACCAGCAUGUGACUUCGAGCUCGACUACGCCGAGUUCCUGGACGAAUCUCUAGUCGAAGCCUUCGAGCUCCGAGCAGGUCUAGAAGAAAAUGAAAGCAAGGAAAGCAGCGAGAGAGAAUGGUGGAUCCUAAAACCAGGAAUGAGUGACCGAGGCCAAGGAAUCCGCCUCUUCAGCACAGAAACAGAAUUGCAAUCCAUCUUCGAAGAAUGGGAAACCGAUGCCCCAGACUCGGACGACGAAGAAACAAACGAAGCUCAAACAGGAGAGGGCAUAAUAACCUCUCACCUCCGCCACUUCAUCGCACAACCCUACAUCCACCCACCCCUCCUCCUGAAUGACCGCAAGUUCCACAUCCGCACCUACGUCCUAGCCAUCGGCUCCCUGAAAGUCUACGUCUUCUCCGAAAUGCUCGCCCUCUUCGCCACAACCCCCUACGUUCCUCCCUGGUCCUCCCCACCCUCAGACCUCUCUCCCCACCUAACAAACACAUGCCUCCAACCUUCCCUCUCUGCCGGCACAGUGCAACUCCUCUCCUCCCUUCCUUUAUCUCCUUCUCUCAAUGACUCUAUCCAAAAACAGAUCUACGAAACCACCGGGGAAGUGUUCGAAGCGGCGGCGAAGGGCAUGAUGAUCCAUUUCCAGACGCUGCCGAAUGCGUUUGAGGUCUUUGGGCUGGAUUUCUUGGUUGAUGAGAGGGGGAGGGCGUGGUUGUUGGAGUGUAAUGCUUUUCCUGAUUUUAGGCAGACGGGGGAGGAGUUGAGGGGGGUAGUGAGGGGGGUUUGGGAAGGGGUUGUUGGGAGGGCUGUUGGUGAGUUUUUCCGGGUCGAGGGGGUGGGUGAAGAGGAAGGCAAGGAUGGAGGAAAGAUGGUUCUGGUUAGGGAUGUGGAUUUGGGGAGGAGGUAG